AUGGCGACUACAGCCUAUGACUACCCAGGCACGACUGCGUCAGCCUCGAAUGACAACCUCUCGAGCUACGUCAUGUACCAGAUGCCCAUCAAGUCUCACGAGGAGCGCGACGAGGACGAGCGUAAAACACUGUUUCCACAGAUCGAGUUCGACACCACGUCCGAUAGCUACCCGUCUGCCGACUACAUCGAAUGCUAUUGGCACCACUUUCAUCCAGUCUACCCUGUCGUGCAUCGAGCAACGUUUGGGCAGGAGGAGCCAUCACCACUGUUGAAGGCAGCGAUGAUGGCAGUCGGCGCUCAGUACUCCAAGCAAUCAAAUGCUCGCGCCGAUGGUCGAAACUUCCACGAGCGGUGUCUCAAGCUUCUUUCGCAGCGCGACCUCGAUGUAGGCCUGCUGCAGAGACCUUGCGACAUGCAAGCCAUAUUCCUGAUAGAGCUAGUAUCGCAAUACAGAGGCCGACGAGCUUCACAGCAGUUAUCGAACCGCUUCAGACAUAUGUACAGCAUUCUGGCAACUGACUCGGAGGUCAUGUCUUCGGGCAACACACUUGGUAGCUACGCCAAGCUGUCACCAGCACUCGACCAGCGCAACAAAUGGAAGCAAUGGGUUCGCCUGUCCACUCGACAACGACUCCUCAUCGCCUGCUACAUCCUCGAGUCGCAGCAGGACUCUCUGCUCGCCCGCAAAUUGCCCAAAUUAACCGUGUCCGGACUUGAGCUUCCACUCCCGUCUCGUCUCUCUGUCUGGGAUGCCGAUUCAGCCUCCAGCUGGCUUUGCUCCUUGCAACAGCACCCGGCCUCACCAAACUUCGUGUACGCCAUUCCCACGGACCCAAACACACCCCAGUCAUUUCAAGCCGCCGAUGCCUUCCAAUCAGCCCUGCUCAUCUCCGCCCACCUCAACCGCUUAAAAACCACCUCUCGCGACACAACUGCCCUCCCUCAAACCAUCGACCCUUCCAUCCCCACCCAGCUGCUAUAUCUCGCCUGCCACCUCUCGCGCGACAUCCCCCUGCGCGACCUCCUCGCCGUCGCCGGCGAGACCUGGAUCUUAUCCGAAAAAGUCUCGUCCGAAGAAGUCUUCACAGCACACAAGAACGCCGUGCGCAGCUGGAUCGCCCCGCUCUGGACACAUUCAAAGCACCCGCCACCCAUCCACAUUGCCAUGAAACACGCCGUCCGCCUCCUCCGCCUCUCCCUCUCCACCCAGCCGACGCCCACGCUCAUCCCAGGCACCGAAAUGGGUCUCUACACAGCUGUGCUCGUGCUGUGGGCUGUCACGACCGCCGCAACAGCGCGCUGGAAACAGUGCGUACGUGCCGCCACGCCGACGCCGCAGAUCUUGUCGAGCAGUGACGCGGGAGCGGAGAUGGACGAGCGCGAACUGGAGCGCGAGACGAGUGAAUUUAUCAGUCUGUUUGAUUUCGAUGUCGCGCUCAAGGGGAUCGAGGGCGUGGGGCGCUGGCCUCAGGGUGGUGUGCCGCUUGCGCUGACACAGUGGCAGAGAGGCGUUGGUGCGGUGCUGAGGAGAGUGCAGGGCCGGAUAGGGGGAAGAAGUGGAGGGCGAGAUGGUGGUUCAAGUGGCGGUCCCGGGGAGUUGUUGGAAGGCGCAAGUGGGGUGCUGAGCAAGUUGGGCAGAAACGGAUGGGGUGUGGAGUUGUUCUGA